CUCCUGCUCAUCGUCGUACGCGACGAGCCCACCCUCUUUUCUGCACCCACAGACGGACGCAGCGUCCCCGUCGACGACGUUCCCUUCAACCUUUGACGUUCAUUCGAUCUACCCCGCCCUGUACCGAAUAUUCCGUCGACCGCUGGGAAGAUAACCGACGAUGCCGACAGCCCCCUCGGCUUCCUUCCGCCGCCGUUCCUCGUCGAAUAUCACCUCUUCUCUCGUCGCGACCCCCACGGCAGACGGUAACGGUCGCGGUCAGUCCUACUUCGAUCGCUACCCUCGACGCUCGCCACGCACAAGCCCACGCGCCGAUUCCAAUACGAAUAUCAACCCAAGUCCUCAGACUAGAAAUAAUAACCCUUCGGGAGGUGGAAUACCGUUUCCCAAGCGCAGUGGUGAAGCUGAACCUCUGGUCUUUCCGAGCAUGUCGCCCAUGAACAAACGCGGUCAAGGCAGCUAUCGGGACGAAUCAGACCAAGAAGAUGACGAGAGCUCGUUCGACUUCCAUGCAAUAGAAUCCACUCCUCGCUCCCCUCACCACCACGACUUCUUCGACAACUCUCGCCGCGUUUCGCCCACUUCCCCGUCUCACUCACAUCUGUACCAACAUGGAAUCAGCAACUCUCCUGGCCAGGGCCACCGGCAUAACCGAAGAGAUCACCCAGAGCUCUCGUUCUUCCGGACGUCUGGCUCGUCUUCGCAAACUACCCAAAUCGAAACGCCGCCACAAACACCGAUUGACUUCCUUAUGCCCCGAAUAUCCGUUGAUCCUUACCCUGUCGUGGUAGCCGCACCGGUUCCAGGAGUCGAGACGAUGGACGCGUUGGUAGAUGGGAUGAAUGACUUUGGAACGGAUGAUUUUUUCAUGGGCACCGGAGGUAUGUCUUCAUCGAGAGCUGCACGGAAAAAGGCGGAGAGGGAACGGUUCCACCCACUCUAUCAACCUCCUCUUCCCACCCCUCCACCCGGAAUACAACUUGGCGGAGGCAUGCCACGAAAGAAACCUUCCAAACAGCGUACUCGCCUUUCCGAUCCUCCCUCAGCCUCCUCAUUACGUCCCGACCUUUCCGGCGCGCGAAAGGCCUCGAGUUCUACUAUUACUGUUAACUCCUUGCAGGCGUCUUCCAUUGAUGAGCCCUAUAGUCAUGGCUCUCCGACACCCUCCAUUAAGACGACGAGCUCACGCAACGUCGCCCCUUCCAUCUCCGAGAUCAUUCGAGCCCACGCUCCUCCAGAACAACUCGUUCGUUCUCGUCCCUCAAACUCUCGCCGACCUACUACUGCAGAUGACUACAGCAUCGGUGGCGGCAGCAGCAGCAACUACCACCACCAAACACCACUCCGUGAAGAACCAGAAUCUGAACCCGAACCUCUGUCCGCCGCAGAAGAAGCCGAACUACUUUCUCGUUCGUCCGUGGACAGUAUCACAGACGAAGUCCGGCGAACAUUCCAAAACCAGAAAGCAUCUCCUCUCAUUCAAUCACCAACAGACGACAAUCUUUUCACGUCCACUCUCACAGCUCCGGUCAACAAUUAUCGCAACUCCACUGUCUCGGACGGCGCGUACAGCCUCGGACUCGCGUCACCUACGUCCGAUGCUAUGGGCCGAGCGAAAUCGUUCCACUCUUCACCAGCCGAAAUGGACUCCGGCGGCGAUCAUAGCAUUCCAUUCACUCCCCUCGAUUUACCUUCUACCCGAGCUCCUACUCAGUCGCAGGCUAUCGCGCAAUAUCUUCAUUCUGCAAGGCUCACGACGCUGUUGAAGUUGACAAGGUCGCCACAUGCAAGUCCGGACCAGCCGUUGACGGUCAGUUUGAGCGAUUUGGGAAGUCCGACGGGUUAUCCUGUGGUUGUGUUUUUGGGACUGGGAGGGGUGCGAUACGUGAUGGGAUUGUAUGAUGAGAUGGCGGAGUGUUUGGGGAUUCGGCUUAUCACUAUCGACAGGUGGGGAAUCGGCCGUACAGACGUGCCCAGGUCGAAAUCCGCACGAGGUAUCCCGGAAUGGUCGACCGUCGUCGAAGAGGUGCUCGAUCAGCUCCAUAUCGACGUAUGCAGUGUUAUGGCCCACUCGGCCGGCGCGCCUUAUGCACUCGCGUUCGCCAACAAGGUCCCGGAGCGUGUACGGGGUGACGUUCUGUUGCUCGCGCCGUGGGUUGGAAGUGGGGCCGGCUACAAAUGGCUCAAAUACGUACCUACCGGGAUUCUCAAGACGGCCCAGGCAGCAGAAUGGAAGAUUCAAGCAUGGAUGCUUGGCAAGCCUCCAACCAUCGCAUACGAAGGCAUCGGUUACGUCCCAAAAACGACCUCCUACGCUCCCAAGUCGACAUCCACCUCCACGUCCGUCUCGUCCCCCUCACGAACGCCCGCGUCACGGGCCACACUACCAAGAAGCCAUCGACGCGGCGAGGAGAGGCCAAGCACGGCCAUUGGACCAGCUGGUCACCCGAAUGGCGUGGGCGUGUCGCAGAUACAGUCGAGGCCGAGCUUGGGUGGGUCAAGCGUGUUCAGUGAUUAUGAUGACUUGAGGGACUUCGAUGGGAGGUUUGAUAGUAUGAGUACAAUUAGCGCUAAAGGAGCGCUGAAGUCUCCUCCACAGCCGGCGGAACAACAGGCGCCGCCAGCAGCGUUCAAGCGGAAGACUUCGCGAGGUUUCUUGGGACGAUUGAGGUCUGGCUCGUUACACUCGCAUUCGCCACAGCACAACCAGACGCCGAGUCCCCAGUCGACGCCUGAUUACACACCUACUCGGGGAUCUACGUCAGCACUGCCGACUAAUGGUCCGGGACCUGGUGGGAGGAGGCUGAAGGCUUUGAGGUCGAUGAGCUCGUUGAAAGGAAGGGGUUCAUCGAACUCGAGUACGCCGUCUGGGUCUCUUUCGGUUCCACCGAAGAAAUCGAUCACACCACCUCCGUCUUUACCGAACCCCAUUGGUGGCGGAUUCGAAUCUGCGUUGGAUUGGAUGAGCCCAUCGGAUCUAGAUCGGCUGGAGCAGAUGCAGGAGCAACAAUCACAUCAGGCGAACCGACGAGCGGGUGGGAGGAGAUCAGUUUCUACUGGGCCUGGUGGGUCCAGUCAAGCUAGUGCUUCGUUCGCUGCCCAUGCAGCACGUUCGCCACCCGCGCCAUCGGUAAUGUCGUCGAACUCGCCGGGGACGAGCACUGUCACGUCUCCUUCCUCUGGUAUCGCCGCCACGUCGUCCUACCAAGCUGCCCUCGGCAACGCUCUCAUCGUUGCCUCGCACGCCGAGUCCUCCAAAGGCACGCAUGGUGAUUUAUUACAGAUCUUGAACCACGAUAACCUGCCCUGGGGCUUCUCGUACGGAAAUUAUCCGCAUAAGGUGAGGGUGUGGUAUGGCGAUAGAGAUGAGAAGAUCGCGGAGCAUGCUGUGAGGUGGAUGGAGAAGCAUAUGGGGGAGGAGAGGUGUGUGGUCAAAGUUGUGAAGGGGGCGGAGCAUGGUUUGAUGUAUAGGAGUGGAGUCGUCGUUGAAGUGUUGGAGUGUGUGAGGGAUUUCUGGGUGGAUGCAGAGGACUAUUAGUGAAUAUAAUCGUUGUGUUCUUUUCGUUCCCAAUUACCCUUGUUCAUUUAGAUAUGUGAGAUACCCAUUUGUUAUGUGGUUUUGACCGCCUUCCUAUAUUACAGCCAACCCGUCAUCCACCACUCUCUAGUCUCUAGUGUGCCGUAACCUACUUAUUUCUUUUUUAUCGCGGAACCAUUCACCAUUCGAAGGCUUACACACUUUUCCCGUCGUUGGAGUCGCAUUUUCCCUUUUCCAUCUUACAUGUGUUCGUCUACAUCCGGUUCCCUUCCUAGCUUUCAAAACUCACUUGUCUCGUCCCGACCCAGUCUGUAUUUGUUUCGUCAUCGAUUUCUACCUUCUUCCCCCUUCCUUUGGUCACACCGUCGUUUCUCCUCUCUUCCUCGCUCCCUCUCUUUUCUCUUCUUUAUUCCCCUUCUCUGUCCGCGCCCUUGCGCUUCCUCUUCCCUUCGUUAUCGUUGUUCUACAUAGCUGAAUCUGUCAUUUGUUUGUUUGUUAGUUACAAGCGACUUCGCCACCUACCCACCCAUCCAGUGAUUCACCACCUUCUUUUCUUCGCUGCAGCUGAUCGUGUUCUCCGGUCCUUGAGUCUCGGUAUAAUUCAAUUCGAUCUCUGUUUUCCCUCUCUCUAUCUCUCAAUUGGUCCACGUACGACCAAUCUGCUUGACACCCGAGGCUGCGUUACGCGGUCACCCAAUAAACCUGCCUUUC